GCCUACCUCAAAAUUCCUGCGGCGUUUGUAAACAACCCGCUGUUUUUGCGUUAUUUUCUGCAAUGUGAACGUCCAACAAAGCAUUUUACAAUUCAUGUUGUCGAGGAGAUCUUCGAGGAUUCAUUUGCUUUUAUAUGUGGUCACUGACUGGAAAUAUUGAGUUGUAAUAUCGUCCUCUUUUGGGGGCAUGGAUCGAACAGCUUUGAAAUUGAUAUUGAAAAUAUAUAGUUUCUUUCAUUGGCGGUCAAUUUCAUGUCAAGGUGCCCAGUGAAAGGAUUCUUGUUUGAAAUGGUGAAGACUUCUAGUAAUGUUCUGUUCACUCAGUUAAAGCGGGCGGCGAUUGUCGCUUUAUGUCUGUUCGUGUUCUGCGAAUGGUUGAUUUAUUACUUGGUCAUUUAUCAGUGCUCCUGGCCUGAACUUCACUCAGAGGGAAGAGAAGGGCGCUUCGAUCCUCUUAGGAUAAUGUUGUUGACUGAUACACAUUUGUUAGGACCAAAACAUGGCCACUGGUUCGACAAACUCAGGCGAGAAUGGCAGAUGGAGAGAGCCUUUCAGACAGCUGUUGCACAUUUCAAACCUGAUGUUGUGUUUUUACUUGGGGAUCUGUUUGAUGAGGGUUUAUACAGUAAUGAUGAGGUGAGGUACUAAGGCAAUACACCUGGACCAAAUGUCGAACUUUCCAUGAGACAAACUAAACUUAGGCCCUGUGUACAAGGAGGGAGGGUAACCCUGGUGCUAGGGUUACCCUAGCAAGAGGGCUACCCUAGCACUUGCACAUUUCUUCUUUUUGUACACCACGUGUUUACAAGGCAGGUAGGGUUACCCUAGCGCUAGGGUGACCUGACCCUACCUGAGUGCUAGGGUUACCCUAGCAAGAGGGUUACCCUACCUGCCUUGUAAACACUCUGCUAGGGAUAACUCACCGACCCGGGACAACUUUCCACCGUCAUUCGUGACCAGUAAUCAUGCAAAUUUGAACGGUAUUAUCCAAUUUCUGAGCUUAAUCAUAAACAUCUGAAAAAUAAAAAGUUAUUUUCUUUCUAAAAUGAUAAUAUUUUGACCUUUGCUUUAAUUCAUGCAAAAAGUAAAACACGAUUUUCAAGUAGCAAACCGAGAAAUAUCGUUUGGAAAUGUCUGCAUGAUACAGAAUUGCUUUAUCUUUUUUGAUUGUAAUUCAUGUUUAACGUGCAAACUAUCAACUGCAUGCAGUACAACUCUGAACCAGUUGUACUAAAUUCUAUAUUCAAACUCGGUCGCAGUCACGGAAUGAAAUAAACACACACACAGAACUCUUAGUUCAAAAACACGAUGAUUUGCUUUAAUUGAAAAGAAGCUAUUUGGUCCUUAACGAAGCAAAAAGGAAGGAGACAAGAAAGAAAAGCUAACAGAAUCAUUACACUUGACGGUAAAAAUAGCAUGAAGGUCAAAUUAUGACAUUGAUCUCCGAAAACUUCGCGUAAACAAAAUCAUCGGCGGCUGAAACCACAAAGCGGCUCUAAAUGAAAAACCUACCAACUUUCUGCAAUGAUUCUUCAUUCGCAGUUCAAUUUCGCAUUUCAGUUUCAAAGACAAGGGCAAUUUUGCUGUUUAAGAAUACAGAUUAAGCUUAUCGAAAUGUUUGAACUAAACGAAAGAAUGCCAGGGAUGCAAUCCGCUGAUUAUCAAGCAACAAUCCCUCUAAAAUUUUUCAUAAUUAUACAUUAUUAUGCGAAUGUUUAGACAAUCAACCAAUCAAAAUCACUACCCGGUUUUCGGGUAGUGAGUUACGUCACUGGAUGGUAUUAACGGCCGGUUGAUUCAGACGUUGUUGAGAGGAGAAAACGACUCGAAGCAAUCGGAUGAAUUUCAGGCUAUUCAAAUCUUGGACCGUUACAAAGAAUGUAAUGCAUGAAGAAACACGUCAGCAAAACUGGUAAAGUUGACCCAGGUGAUGGGGUAACCCUACCUGUGAAAUUUGCCUGUAAACCAGAGCUAACUUUAACCUGCUUGGUAACCUGGGUAACCCUAGCACAAGGGUAACCCUCUCUCCUUGUAAGCAGGCCCUUAGUGUGUUAAGUUCAUGAAAAGUGUGAUGUCUGGGUCAGUCAAGCUUGUCUGAAUGAGUUUGGAUCAUCCAACACAUUCUAUCCAUCUAGUUCAGAUGGAUAGAGCGUCUGAGGAUCGUCUCCAGGACAAACAUUGAUCUUGACAUGGGACGAACUAAACUAAUAAAUUAAAAAUAUGUAUGAUAAUGUAUAUUUAGCCUCAUUCAGGAGAAAAUUUAUUACUGAAUAUCCACUGGCCAGCAGAAAUUGCUUUUUGGUCUCAUUCUGUUGAUUGGUUCAACGUGUCCUAAGUUCGAUGUCUGACCCAACAGAUGAUCUUAACUUAAUUUAUGUAGACCCAAAUUAGAGAUUGCUUCGUCUCAGGAAAAGUUCAACAUUUGGUGUAGGCCUUAGGUUAAUACAGCAAAUACUGUCUUAGGAUUAAAUGUCCUGAAGUAAAGUACUGCCCCACAAGUAUGAAACUAGUUUUUAAAAACCUGUUACACAGGUAAAGAUUUGCCAGUUAGACCCCCUCUAUACAAGAAGCUAGUUAACCUUAAGUUUGUAACAGGCUCUCAUUUUUUAAAUUCUAUUGAAAAUAAUCUCUACUCUGAAAAAGGGCUCUUUAAAAUCCAUGUAAUCAGUAUUUCAAAUUAUUUGUCUUGUUGUAGUCAUUUUUAAUAGACAGCAACAUUCUCUUAACCCUUUAAGUCCCAAUGGUGACCAACAUCAAUUUUCUCCUAACAAUAUCCAUACAAUGUCAAGAGAUGAGGUUAUGAGAAUUAAUUAAAUGAUCACCUAAGAGAAAACGCUUUGAUCUUUUAUCAAACUCUCUCAACUUAUUCUUUAAAGAAAUGUAUAGAGAUCAGUUUGGAGAAUUUGCUCGUGGAUAUUGGGGCUUAAAGGGUUAACUACAAUUUGAUUUUUUUUCUUCAGAAAAAUAAGGACCUAUCCAAGAACCUAAAUACCAGUAGCCUAAAUUGGGCUUAUUUAUUACCACUUUGAUAAGGACCUCCUUUGGCUAACUUGGUAAAAUGUACAUGACUGUACAUGUAGGUUCUUACACAUCAUAGUACUGCAUACAAAAACUCUCUGAAUGUCAUCCCUCUCUCUGUAUACAUGGAUUUUUGUAGUGAAAUGGAAAUCUGGGAAAUGGUUUUAAGUGAGAAAUCAGGAAACAGUAGUUCUCUAAGGAGAAAAGUUGUGUAUAAAUUAAGGCCACUUCUCAUUUGAGUAAGAUAUUGUAGUGAUUUUUUAUGCUUUUAUUCCUAUUUAUUAAUCAGGAAUGGGAUUUCUAUGUACAACGUUUUCACAAGAUGUUUGAUCAUUCUGAAAAUACUGAAUUCCAUGUAGUGGUAGGAAAUCAUGACAUUGGAUUCCACCCCGAGUAAGUUGAAUCAUAAUAUGAUAAAAACCAAACAAAGUUAACGCAUGACUACUUUAUGGGGCUAUAACAGCUUAGUUUGUAUAUACUGUAAUCCUUUAUGAGAAAAAAAGACUGAAGAUUGAUAGAAAUAUUUUAGUCACAGUCAUGAAACAGUGGGAAACGUCCCACUUGCAGCUUAAAGUAGCUGAGUGGUUCCAGUGUUAAGGGUUUGAUUUAAAACUUGUCUUAUUAAAAUUUCCUACCCCUCUGAAAAUUCCAGUUCAGAUUCAAACAGUGUGCAUCCAGGGAGAACAGAACAUUUUUCCAAGCGAAGGGGGGGGGAGGGCGAGGGUUGGUAAGUGACUUGAAAUGGGAAUACUUAGGAGACUAGCCUCCUUGCAAGUCUUUAUUUUUUUCAGGAAAACUCUGGGGGAUGAAGCCACCCAGCCCCCUCCCCCCUCCUUAACUCUGCUCUCCCUGAUAUCCCUUUAAAAGUUUUGGUCUUUUAGUCCUCCUCCCUUUGAAAUUUCCAGUCGCCAUCCUUAGCUAGGGUGAGCAUGGAUAUUUUUUGGAACCAUGCAACACUGUAACUUAUCUCUAAGUUAUAUGUAAACACUACCCCCAAGAUGUUCUUAUUUCAUGUUUCAGUCAGUUAGACUACAAAUUGUGAUCCCCUUUGCCUGUGUGAGCAAAGAAUUCAAGGCACCACAAAGGUCCACAAAGCACAUUGAUACACUGCAACUGGCCGCAAGUUUUUUUUAUUGUGUAACCAUAAUUACUAUGAGAAAAGAGAUUUGUCUAUUUUAACAAUAAUUAACAAUAAUAUUAAUGAAUGAGGCUGAGUAUCUUAUGAAGAAUUAUGGAGAUUGAGGAAGAUGUUAUAACACCCUCCGAGAUCUCCAUAAUAAUUUUGAAGAAUUAUUCUUCAUAUGAUACGAAAGCCGAAUUCUAUAAUUGUUUUAUUAUUCAUUCAAAAUAAUUCCUAGUUUAAAAACAAAGAUAAAACAUGCUUACCUCCAUCGAUGUUAAGUUCACCUUCGAUAGAGCACGUUUAGGGUUGUUCAGCUCCGCAAAUAUUCUCCAAAUAGCAGAUGUUGCCCUUCCAGUUGUGUUCUUGCUCUUCUAAUUGCCAUGUUUUUAACUAUAAUUUCGCCUAGUUCUUACUCUUGAAACAAGUGAAAUGUCUGCCAUUUUUUGUUUUCACAACCAAAAUAACUCAACCUCGUCCCCAGGUCUUCUCGGUUAACGGUGCAUUAACCUGCAAGAACGCUGCAUUUUUGACGUCAUUUCCUCGUUAACCCAUUCGCCCCUGAACCGCCCGUAACCGCCCGUGCGGAUCCAGGUCCUUUCUACCCUUUGUGACGUCAUCAGUUUUAACGGUCAAGGACAACUUUCUUCGCUAACUUGUGCAGAGUGAAAAGAUCUUUCGAACCAUACCAGAAUGAGCAAAAUUCAAUCAAGGACACCGGAGAAAGAAGCAAAAAACCACGUGACAUGGACCUGAAAAUCUCCAUGAAAAUCUUGUUCCAUUGCCCACCUACCUUUCCUUUCACCUAAUCCUAAGAUCCUAAAAGCUUUCCUAAAAACUAUUCCUACCAAAAUGAAGCCUGCUAAAUGCCCAGCAAGAGAAAAAAAAAAUGAGGCAAGAAAAGCGAAAAAAGAAGGGAGGAGAGAAAGCGAAAAGUAAAAGUCAAGACUGCUGUGUCACUUUUAAACCCGAAAUUUUGCUUUCUGCGCAUGCCCGAACUUCGCAAGCUGAUAAUUUGCAUCUGGAUCAGAAGGCUGCGAAGUGUACGACCUGUAAACCGGUUUGUGGUAAGUUUUAGCUCUUUAUAGCACGACAGUGACCAGAAAACCACUCGACUAGCUUCAAAACGCGUUUUUCGGCAAAAUCUCCAGGAGCGAACGGGUUAAACACAAAAUUCUUCCAAAUUUGGUCAUCAGUAACUGGUUAAUUGAAUUAUGCAUGGCUUUUAGCCAAUCAGAAUCGGGUAAAUAUGUUGAAUGAAUAAUAAUCUGUUUCAAUAAAUUAUCGUGGAUCCUUUUGUUAACCAGUUGCAAAAUUUUUCUUUCCUCAGGGCCGCUAGAGACAGUCACUUGUUUGAAAGAUUUUCAUCUGUGUUCGACUCACCAUCAGUUAAACUGAUCAACAUCAAAAGAAACAUGUGAGUUAAUGUACUUAAUUUCCUUCUAAAUACUUCAUUGAAAGUUUCUGUCACCCUUGACCUAGAAAAAGGAUAGCAUUUUCCAAAUUAUUAGCCUUCCGUUAGUCAUUGCUAAUUACUUACAGAAAUCCCCCCAACCCCACCCACAGCUUUCUCUCCUAGUUUAAUGUCAUGCAGUGUGUCUGGCAGUAUUUUUAUCUGGUUGAGAUGACAAGCCUAAUCCUCUGUUGACCAAUAUGGCUUGAUUGAAUCAACCAGAAAUCUGCACCUCAGUGACCAGUCACUCAGCAUUCAAUGAGUCACUCAUCACAGAUAAAUGAGCAUUUCACCAACUUGAAAAAUUGAUACACCAAGAGCACCGAGCGCACUUGCUUUACCCCAGCUCUCUUACGGACAUGAAAUGCUUAAUUAAAAAGGUUAACAAUUUGCUCUUUCAAUUUAGAUUUGUCCUAGUGAAUUCCAUAGCAUUGCAAGGUGAUGAUUGUUCCAUGUGUUCUGAAGCCAUGAGUCAACUUCAUGCUGUAGCUGAUAAGCUCAACUGUUAUCGGAGGUCCAAGAAAGAAAUCUUUGAAGAUAUUGUGAAACAAGACAGAACUUUCUGUGAACUUCCUAAAGAUUCUCCACCACCAAUACUUAUACAGGUAUAAUCCAAGUCUGGCUGCUGCUGCACCAUAUACUAAGUGAAUAACAAGUCUUGAGUUACAUCACAAAGAACACAACAAUGAUCCCUAGCCCUUUCACAAAUAUAACACAAUAAACUUCACGCAAUAGAACGACAUAACAGUGCAUAUAUUGACUUGGUAUAUCGAGCACCAUCCCUACGUCUUGGCAGUCUAGCUAGACUGCAAAUCAGAAAUUGACUUUUUAUGGGCACAGCCAUCAAACAAUGUGCCUUUACUGCAAAUUUACUUCAAAUUUAAAUUGUUUCGGGGGACAGCCCUGCACACCCUUUGAGUCCGUGAAUCUUAUGUACCCUAAGGUACAAUACUUCCUUACUUUCAUAGCACUGUACAGUGGAAUUCUCAACAUUCUGUGGAAAAGGAAGCUGGUUCAAUUAUUGAGAGUUUCAGAAAACUGAGGGUUUGAGAGUCAGGUUGAUCGGCUGUAUUUCUUAAUUUUUUCAUUUUUCAAAUAAUCAGUUUCAUGUAUUUCAUGUGUACAAUUAACUGUAAUUGUUUCCAACACACAAAGGUAAACUCACUAUUUAAAUCCCUAGGGUAACCAACAUUAAAUUUCUCCAAGCAAUAUCAAUUCAUAAUCAGGAGAGAAUGUUACGAUCAAAUAAAUAAAAUGAUUACCAGUGGGAAGAUGCUUCGAUCUUUAAUUAGAUUCUCUCAACUGAUUCUUUAAGGAAGUGUAUAGAGAUCAGUCUGGAGAUUUUGUAUGUGGGUAUUGGGUCUCAAAAGGCUAUGCACUUAUUUUUCUCUGUAGCAUUUCCCAUUGUACCGUGAAACAGAAAUGAGCUGCACAGGCGUUGAUGCUCCUCCCCCUGAUCUAAAGCAAAUCACCAAUCGAGAAAAAUGGGAAGUAGUUUCUAAGGAGAUGUCAAAUACUCUGCUGACACUGAUUAGGCCACGCUUGGUUCUCAGUGGCCACACCCAUCAUGGCUGCUAUCUGGUGCAUGAAGAUGGGACCCCAGAAAUGACUAUACCAUCGUUCAGUUGGAGAAACAGGAACAACCCUAGUUUUGUGCUAGUAAGUGAAGGAAGUACUUUAGUGGUUAGCAAUAUCAGCAGUGCACAUGAGACUGCAGCAUUGAUUAGAGGCCUUUGGAUUCAAUGGCAAGGAUAAUUACGAGGGCAAUAUUUUUCUUACUAGUGCGCGCACGUGAACCAGCGUCAUUUUGGCGGGGAAAAGUGAUAGGCGUUGUCAUUCUACCAGGGGCUUUAGCAAGAAUGCCAAUAAGUGGAAACAAGUUAUUAAUGGUUAAAAGUUUUAUCAUAAACAUCGGGCGAAUCGAUUUAAGUCCGGGCGAACUGACGACAGGCGAAUCAACUUUCGGGCGAAAAGACCUGUUACCAAGUUCCCCAAUCCCAUGUGAAUGUUUUGACUUCUAUGACGAUACGAUAGAUUGUUGUCCAAAUGUUGCUUGUAGAAAAUAUUCGCUUUUUAGCAAGAGCUGUCGAGAUCUUUUUUCACUUUUGUGAUCAUGAAAUUUAGGCUUGAGUUCCAAACAUUUCAUGUCAGUUUGACAUGACAAGAAGAGGUUCCUUCAGGGGAUAUUGAUCAGCCAAUUUGUGUUAUGACUCUAGCGAUACACUUAGUUUUUUCGUUCGCUAGAAGUCCCUCAUACUAAAGGCAUUUAAUUUAAAAAACGUUUUGAAUAAGCAUGCAUAUCUGGAGCUCAAAGCAGCGCUUUGAAAACGAUCGAACGACAGAGUUUUUGAGAACUAGUACAUAAAUCAAGAUUCUUGGUAGCAAUAGAAAGGGAAAAUCGACAACGCCAUUCCCCAAUUUUCUACAGCUAAUCUGCCUUUUCGUGUUUACGGGAUCGCCUUGCCCGCUGUGAACAAAGCUAAUGUCACAAGGUAACCCUCACCUUGGGAAAUGGGCCAAGAUCAAAAUGAUUAUCAGGGGCGUAAGGCCUACAAUUUUUUGGUUUGAUCACUCUACCACUUGUAAUAAAUUAUGCGUUGUUGGUGCGAGUUAAAGAGCUUGUAUUGGUUAUGUCAGUGCGUACUAGUCAUGCGUGUAGUCAAUAGAAUUAUAAACUGAACAAGCAUUUUUCAGGAUAUGUGAAAAUGAAAUUCCCACCUGCAGUCAGCCAGGCCUACAACAAGUCGAAAAGCUGGCUACGCCCCUGAUUAUUACUGUAAGUCGCCGCUUCCUGCCUCCCGUCGUAGUUAGGGGUAUGGGAACUGCCUCGUCCCCAGUCGCUCGAGAUCACUAGGGGAAAAUUGAGUUAGUUAUUAGGGAAAGCGGGAACGAAGGGAGUGAUGCGUUCUACGCUCGUUCCCAUCAUCCCUCUCUCGCGCUUCUCGCUUAUCUCGCGUGCUCGCGAGUUCCCCAAUCCCUACUUAGACUGGAGAAAUAUAGGGCACCCUACGAAACUAUACGGCAGCGUCAAAAAGCAAUAAGUUUAGAUAGCAAAACAACAACUUUGCACGUGCAUCACGCUUUUUUGUGCAUUUCUUUGCCGUCCCUGCACGACUACGACGUGAAAUGACCAAAUUUUAAUUUUUUUUUUUUAGCACGGGAACGGCAAGGCGAUAAAUUCUACCAUCUCUGUCUGAACUCAGCCUGGCCCCCUCUCUUGAGCUCCAACAUAAUUUCCCUUCUUUUUGGUAACUGAGAGUGAGAUUUUGAAAUUUGUUGAAUUUUGACUUUGCCCAUUUCUAGGAGCGAAAGGAUUAAAGCUCCGUCACUGUAAAUCAGGACCCGCUUUUCACUCAGUGUUCUCGUUUCUUUUCAGAGUGUCAUCACACCAGAGAGGUACGCCUUGUCUAAGUGUUUUAUACCCCGGGAGAGUACAGUCAUUGCGGUCUACAUCAUUGCUGGCCUUGCUUUUGUGUUGGUGAACUUUAGACCUACCUAUCGUUAUUUGAAAACGCGAAGAACAUGCAGACAAAUAACACUCGAUUGUUGCGUUAGAUAGCAUAGAAAAAUGAUUUAUACCAUUGGCAUUUACAAAAGGAUCUAGUCUGGCCUUGCGUCAUGUAAGAUAAUCGAAGAAAAUCUGUGAAUUAGAAGUCCAGAUACUGGAUUGCGGGUUCCUUGUCAGGGGAAUUUUUAUUUUGGAUUCCUGGAGCUGAAUUCUGGAUUCCAAAGCCCAGGAAUCGGGAUAUCUCAUACAUGGGGCGAGUAGCCUGUGUUGAGGCGUUCCUGCUUUCGAGCGAGACACCGAGAGCAUUUUUCUAUAUUACUUGGGGAUGAGGAGCUAUGAGGCGAGGUGAGAGAAUUAUCUGAGGGGAUUUCUAGUGUUAUUAUACUUAUUACUGUAAAUGAUAGGAAUACAACUGAAUGAAUCUCUCCAUAGCGGCCAUUUUGGGAACGGAAGAAAGUAGCUGUUGCCGGUAGAGAGGAGUCAAAGUAUGGACUGUCCGCCACAAAAGUGGCCGUUUUAGAGAGGUUUAAACAAGAGCGACGAGUGCUUUUUUUGUAUUUGUUUGCCGCCCGCUAGUUACGUGUCCGCCACCAUAAGUCUGCCAGCUACAUUGGAAUAGAGACUGCUGGUGUUAAGUUUUGUAUUUUUAGCAAAAUGGUUCGAAUGUCGUAGGACAAGCUACUGAGCGGAAUUAUUUUUAACCAGGAGCCGAUUCUGUUUUUAACAAUACUUUUAACAGUUGAACCUCCCUCCAACGACCAUCUUGGGGACAGAAGAAAAUGGCCUUUAUAGAGAGGUAGCUAGACUGCGAGCAGUCUCUCCUUUUUCUUGGUCCAUCGAGUAAAACGCCCGAGACACGCAAAUGACCACGUGCGGGUGUGGCUAUGCGAGCAGU